AUGAACACAUCUAUCACUGUGGAUCAACGCUGUGCUUGCCUGUUGAAGAGCCGAAAUAGUGACUCCGCAAAUCGGACAAAAGAACUUCAUUUUGUUUUAGCGAGUGCCACUUUUCAGUCAUUCGGCAAUUUGCCAGCUCGAAGCAUGACCGACGAUAACAGCCGAGAGCACAAGCGUGGCGUAGACACCGGCACCGACCCCUGGGCGUUCCUAUCGCCCUGGCUUGAGCAGCCUAACGAACGGCUCAUGGUCCUCCCGGACGGCUACUUCCACUGGCGCACGCGCGAGGUGCUGGAGCUGCUGGUACUGGCGCACGCCGUCAACAACCAGGCGUUGAUCAAAAUUCUACGUGAGAAAUGCGCGCUGAGAUUCGCCAACGAAGAAGAUAUAUUCGACGUCAACUAUGCCGACGAGGAGGAUGAUACUUCACGCAGACAAAGCGAUGUCACUGCCAAAAGGCAACUGUUCAAGUUCGACUGCAAGCGCGACCGCCUCUGUCGCCUCGCUUCAUUUUUAGCGUUGAUCUGGGCAACCAAAACCCCGGGGAGUUGUAAAGUGGAGCGCUGCUGCAAUUCGAUCAAGCGUGAAGACACUUCCUUGCAUUUCGCCGAUGGCAGCAACAUUGUGACGAAGCGUGCCAUCUCGAUAUCAGUCGACACCAAUAGGAAACUACUAUCGGACAGCACUGGGGGCCGAUGGGGCUUGAUUGAGGCCAAGCUCGUGGGGAAUUCAAGAAGUCGUCUGGCUAAGAACCUAGAAGAGUUAAGCAUCAACACAGCUCAGGAAUCGACCGACCGCUGUAUACGGGUCCACCAGGCGAGUGCUAUGGAUGGCACUCACGAAAAACACAAAAUUGAAGAAGCUGGAGCUGGUCGUGCACCCCAGCACUCUGAAGCCAUGGAAAAAUCGCUUUCGACAAUUUCACGGCCAGAUACUCCCGCCAGUUCCACUCGAACAGACGGCCAGACGUGUGUUCCUCAGUGCGACCCUCAGAAGCCGACGAUCACGGCAGAAGCCUUCCUGCACUCCAGCAGCUGGACCCGCGUGAGAUGUCGCUUAUUUUUGAAUUCGCUGCCACUCGUGUCAUCCGCUCAGUGA